AGAGACCUUUUAUCGGAACGAGAGAAUGCCCGAUAACGCACAUGGGUUCAGAACGGAGAGCAUGUGCAACGCGGACGUGCGUAGCGAGCGUAAAAAUACGUGUUUUCUACCAUUCAUGAAAUGUGUGGAUAAUUGACACGCAACCAUGUGAGAAAAAAUGUUUUCUAGGGCCUUUUUUCUCAUCCUGUGUCUGUGCUGUGCAUGUAUAAGUGCCAAGUUAUGUCGAUCUGUGGACGUGAGGAAUCGUGUUCAGCAGUUCGACAAGUUGAAGAAUUGCACGAAAAUUGUCGGUUAUUUGAGGAUCCUUCUGUUUCAAAGGGACGGAGUGAAUUUUCCCACUUUUCCGGAGCUGAAGGAGGUGACCGGAUAUGUUUUGGUGUUCGCUCUGCAAAACUUGAACGAUUUGGGGGUGAUUUUUCCCAAUUUGGUUGUUAUUAGGGGGAAGUCACUUUUUAACGGGAAUGCUCUGCUUAUUCACCACAACAACGGGCUGAAGAAGAUCGGACUUCCCAACCUGAGACAGAUACAACGAGGAAAUGUACAAAUUGGAAAAUGCCCAGAUCUCUGUUAUGUCAGGACUGUGAACUGGACUGCUCUUGGAACUUCCCUGUCUUCUUAUGCUGACGUUCCUGAAUGCAAGGAGAAAGAAGAGUGCGAUAUAGAAUGCAACGGACAUUGCUGGUCACCGAGAAAAUGCCAGAAGAUAUACGAUGACUGCCACGAAGAAUGUUUAGGUUGUUCUGAAAAGGAUUCAGCGAAACACUGCCUUGCUUGUAAGAACUGGAUAGAUGGCGAUACUUGCGUUAGCAAAUGUCCACCCAAUAAGAUUAUGAGCGCAAACAUGAUGGCUUGCGUCACAGAAGAAGAAUGUUACAACUUCAAGGACUCGUUGAAUAUAACAGCAUGGGUUUUUCAAAAAUGGUGCCUUCGUAGAUAUACAUGCCCGGAGAAUUACGAGCUGGUUUCCAAACCCGUCAAAACUUGUAAACUGUGCGAAGGACCUUGCUUCAAAGAAUGCCCAGGUACUUCGAUCAACAACAAGCAGGAUAUGCAGCAGCUGAGAGGAUGCACCUACAUCAAGGGUCAUCUUGAGCUCAAAGUGCGCAACGAAUACGAGGUCUAUCACUUGUACAAUCUCGUCAACGUUUCCGUAAUCAAUGGAUGUCUCAAGGUUGCCAGAUCGGACUCGCUCAGUUCCUUACAUUUCUUGAGGAAUCUGAAGCAGAUCAAUGGUGUUGAUAAGCACACACUCUGCAACAACCACACCGUCUACAUCCAUGACAAUAUCAACCUCAAAACUCUCAUCGAUGUGGAUCACAUCAAGACCGAUGGGAACAUAAGCAUAGGAUUUCAUUACAACCCGGAGCUCUGCAUUUCUGAGAUAAAGAAAUUCGCAAGGAUAUUAGGAAUGCCUGAUACAACCUUCGAAGACAUAUUGCAGCAAGAGAAAGAUGUGUCGCCUGAUUCCAAUGGAGAUAGAGCUAUGUGUGGCGAUCUCAAGUUGAACGUGACUGUAGCUAAGACCUAUCCGACAAAUGUUACGCUAGAUUGGGAACCCUACUCUUCGAACGAUGCUACAGUAAUAGCUUACACUUUCUUCUACAUCCGAAAUCGAACGCUUCAGGAGGAAAACAAUUAUAAUUAUGACAACAAUAUGUGCAGUGAUAAUGGUUGGAGAAGUAGAUUAAUUUCUGAGAACACUUUGACUAUUACUGAUUUGCAGCCUUUCAGCCUGUAUGCCUACUGGAUCAAAGUCAAUUACCUGAAGAACAAUAGAGGUGGUUCGAAAAGUACAGAGAUGAAGUACUUCGAAACAAAAUCGGACGACCCAACAGAUCCCAUAGACUUUAAUAUAGAACCUCUAUCUCCAACUAGUGUUAAGUUAACUUGGGAGAGUCCUGAAUACAUAAACGGAAUUUUGAAUCAUUAUCAUCUUUAUGCUUUUUUGGAGAAAGACGAUGCCAAAUUCGUUAAUGAAAGGAAUUACUGUAUAUACCCUCACGUCGUUAGUAAUGUUGAGAAAAUUGAAACGAAGCCAGCUAGGAUAUUAAUGAACCAAACGAAUAACGGUGAAUGUAAUUGUAAUGUUCGAAUCUUCAAAAAGGAUUCUUUCUGUGGUGCCAAAAGUUUACAAUUCCCCACCAAAGACUGCAACAACUACUUGUACGACUUAAUAGAUAAACCCACGAAAAAGAACAAAAGAGAUACAUCACAAGUAGAAGCUGUUACAUCCGCUGAGAAAAUGAUAAACAUCGAAAUAAAUGCGAACAAAUCCGAACAUAUCCUGGACAACCUUAAACCUUUCUCUAGAUAUAUAUUCUGGUUUUCAGCUUGUAACUAUGAGUUCGGUAAUAGAUCACAGUGUAGUGCGAUUUUAUUUUAUUCUGUCAGAACUUUGGCCAAUGAAACAGCCGAUCAGAUUACUCGAGCCAAUGUGAAGAUAAUUAACGAUAACUCGGUUUCACUUACAUGGGUGGAUCCAGAGAAACCUAACGGAAUGAUCGUUGCCUAUAACAUUGAAUACAAGAGCGCUGAUAGUUCCAGCUCUGUUAACGUUCUGGAUUGCAUUACCAGAACGCAACACGUUACCAGUGGCUUCGUUUACAGGAUCGAGAAUAUAGAUCCUGGAACGUAUUCCAUACGAAUAAGACCUGUAUCUUUGCACGGACCUGGAAUCUACAGCCCGAAAGCUCUUUUCCAGAUAAAAACGCAGAUAAAGCCUUGGACGAUAUACUUAGUGAUUUGCGUUGGCUUUGCUGUGAUAUUCACCUCUUUCAUCUACCUUUGGUACAGGAAGAAGACGAAAAUCGAAAGAGUUUAUCUCAUACCGAAUAUAAACCCGGAGUACUCCAGGGCUGUGUAUAUUGAAGAAGGGUGGGAAUUGGAGAGAGACGACGUGGACAUGAACGAAGUCCUUGGUCAGGGAAGUUUUGGUGUAGUGUAUAGUGGUUAUAUUAAAUCGAAAAAUUUACCGUGUGCUGUGAAAACUAUAAACGAUACUACUGCAACGAUCCACAAAUCGGAGUUCCUCAAGGAGGCGUUCGUGAUGAAAUCGUUCAACGAUGCCCAUCACGUGAUCAAACUUUUCGGUGUAGUGUCGAAGGAUGAUCCUCCUCUAGUCAUAAUGGAGCUGAUGCAGAGAGGUGACCUCAAGCAGUACCUGAGAAACGCUAGAAAAAACCCCAAAGCGAUAUCUUUACCGGAGAUGUAUCAGAUGGCUUCCCAGAUAGCUGAUGGAAUGGCCUACCUGUCGGCCAAGAAGUAUGUGCAUAGGGAUUUAGCAGCCAGGAACUGCAUGGUUGCUGGCGAUAGAACAGUCAAGAUUGGCGAUUUUGGAAUGACUAAGGAUAUUUAUGAGACUGACUAUUAUAGGAAAGGUACAAGUGGUCUACUUCCAGUUCGCUGGAUGGCUCCAGAAAGCUUAGCUGAUGGUGUGUUUUCCUCUGAGUCCGAUGUUUGGAGUUAUGGAAUAGUGUUAUGGGAGAUGGUCACUUUAGCCGAACAUCCAUAUCAGGGCAUGUCCAAUGAACAGGUUCUCAAGUUUGUCACGACCAGAGGGCGUUUAGGCCGACCAAAAGAUUGCCCGAAUGUACUCUGGGAGAUUAUGGAAGCGUGUUGGGAGCACAAACCUUCUAAAAGGCCCCUUUUCAUAGGAAUUGUUGAAAAACUAGAGCCACUUGCCGGACAGUCUUUUCCUCUGGUGUCAUUUUAUCACAGUCAGGCGGGCAUCAAUCAUAGGAUGAACUAUGGGAGGCAAGAAUCAGUAGCAAUGAAUAACGAUGCCCAGAAUUCAUAUCUUGAGAGAGAUGGAGAUGGUGAAAUGCUAAUGGAUGAAGAUGAAGAAGAUUACGCACAUCAUUCUAGGAAUCGUAAAGUUACAAUGGUCAGCUCUGACUCUCUGACUUGGCCGUCAUCUUAUUCCAUAUCAGGACAAACACCGUGAAAAUAGAUGAUAAGGGAAAUCACAAUUUAUAUUGUUUAUAUUUUUAUACUGAACAAUCCGAAUUACAGAAUAAAGUUACCUUUAUAAUAAGAUUUCUAUAUUUGAGGAAAUACUUAUUGAAUUCGAUUUCAUUAAGAGAUGAACUAUUUUUUCAAAUGGAACUGUAGAUUGUAUUUCAUUAUAUUUAAAUUGUGUUCAAAUCGCUAACAAUUUGUUAUGUAAAAUACCUCAUAAUUCUUUUAUGUUUUUGUUUCAAUCCAAUGCCAUAAAUGAAGACUGCUGUUUGAUGAUGAGUAUUCUGAAAAUUGUUUUGUUGUUGUUGAGCUUUGAUGCGUAAGAAUUAAUGUUGUUUUGGAUACAUACAUGAGUGUUGAUUAAUUGUUAGAUGUAACAAAUACUGAAAGUUUCUAUGUUUUCUGUUAAUAAUGUUUAGUGGAAAAUAUGUAGUUAUACUGGGGUCCUAAUAAACAUUCUUUUUGAGUACCUGAUAAUUUGAUAUUUUUUAAGGAAGAAUAUAUUGUGUGCUUACAAUAAUAUAAGACGAGAUCCAUGUAUUGGUACCAUCGAAUUUUUUUAAAAACCUCUUGAUUGUGUUUGUAAAAAGGAGGCUCAGUGGAAAUUUUAUUUACAAACCAAUAUUUGUGUUGUAAUGAAACUCUUUAUGAUUAAUUCUGAAGGAAAGCCCAAUUUAUAUUUGAAAAUAUAUUUUUUUUCGAU